AUGAGGGGCCUCGGUUUCGUCGCCUGGCUUGUGUCUGGCCUGGGUGUGUGGACGCUCGGCCAGCCGGCAGGGCCCGACUCGCCCGAGUGCCAGCGGCAGGAACACCCAGUCGUCUCCUACAAAGAAAUGAGUCCCUGGCUGCAUGAAUUCCGAGCAGAGGGCGCUGUGGACUUCUCCCAGUUGACCUUCGACCCAGGACAGAAGGAGCUGGUCGUGGGAGCCAGGAACUUUCUGUUCCGGCUGCAGCUGGAGGACCUGUCACUGAUCCAGGCUGUGGAGUGGGGCUGUGACGAGAACACCAAGAAGGCGUGUUACAGCAAGGGCAAGUCCAAGGAGGAAUGUCAGAACUACAUCCGCGUGCUGCUGGUGGGCGGCGACCGGCUCUUCACGUGCGGGACCAACGCCUUCACGCCUCUGUGCACCAACCGCACGCUGAGCAACCUGACGGAGAUCCAUGACCAGAUCAGCGGCAUGGCCCGCUGUCCCUACAGCCCCCAGCACAACUCCACGGCGCUGCUGACGGCCGGCGGGGAGCUGUACGCCGCCACGGCCAUGGACUUCCCCGGCCGUGACCCGGCCAUCUACCGCAGCCUGGGGGUCCUGCCUCCGCUCCGCACCGCGCAGUACAACUCCAAGUGGCUCAACGAGCCCAACUUCGUGUCCUCAUACGACAUCGGGAACUUCACCUACUUCUUCUUCCGGGAGAACGCGGUGGAGCAGGACUGCGGGAAGACGGUGUUCUCCCGGGCGGCCAGGGUCUGCAAGAACGACCUGGGGGGCCGCUUCCUGCUGGAGGACACCUGGACCACCUUUAUGAAGGCACGCCUCAACUGUUCACGGCCUGGCGAGGUCCCCUUCUACUACAACGAGCUGCAGAGCACCUUCCUGCUGCCCGAGCUGGACCUCCUCUACGGUGUCUUCACGACCAAUGUGAACAGCAUUGCCGCCUCGGCUGUGUGUGUCUUCAAUCUGAGCGCCAUUGCGCAAGCCUUCAACGGACCCUUCAAGUUCCAGGAGAACUCCCGCUCCGUGUGGCUGCCCUACCCCAACCCCAACCCCAACUUCCAGUGUGGCACUGUGGACCAGGGCCUGUACGUCAACCUGACUGAGCGGAGCCUGCAGGACGCCCAGAGGUUCAUCCUGAUGCACGAGGUGGUGCAGCCCGUGACCCCAGUCCCCGCCUUCAUGGAGGACAACAGCCGUCUGUCCCACAUCGCCGUGGACGUGGUGCAGGGCCGGGACCUGCUCGUCCACAUCAUGUACCUGGCCACAGAGCGAGGCACCAUCAAGAAGGUGCGGGCGCCGCUGGGCCCCGCUGCGGGCAGCUGUCUGUUGGAGGAGCUGGAGCUGGUCCCCGCGUGGCGGCCGGAGCCCGUGCGCGGCCUGCGAAUCCUUCACAGCCGAAGCGUCCUGUACGUGGGCCUGCACGAGCACGUGGCCAAGGUGCCCCUGAAGAAGUGCCAUCGCCACCUCACACGCAGUGCCUGCAUCGGGGCCCAGGACCCGUACUGCGGCUGGGACGUGGCCAUGAAGAAGUGCACCAGCCUGGAGGACAGCCUCAGCAUGAUGCAGUGGGAACAGAGCGUGACAGCUUGUCCUACCAGGAACCUCACCGUGGACGGGCACUUCAGCGAGUGGUCCCCGUGGACACCCUGCACGCACACGGACGGCCCUGCCCUGGGCUCCUGCCUCUGCCGGACCCGCUCCUGUGACAGCCCGGUGCCCCAGUGUGGCGGCUGGCCCUGCACCGGCCCCAGCGUGGAGAUCGCCAACUGUUCCAGGAACGGAGGCUGGACGCCCUGGUCCUCCUGGUCCCCCUGCAGCACCACCUGCGGCAUCGGCUUCCAGGUGCGCCAGCGUUCCUGCAGCAACCCCACCCCGCGCCACGGUGGCCGGGUGUGCGUGGGCCAGAACCGCGAGGAGAGAUACUGCAACGAGCAUUUGCUGUGCCCCCCUCACGUGUUCUGGACAGGCUGGGGUCCCUGGGAACGGUGCACGGCUCAGUGUGGGGGUGGCAUUCAAGCCCGGAGGAGGACCUGCGAGAACGGGCCGGACUGUGCAGGCUGCAACGUGGAGUACCAGCCCUGCAACACCAACCCCUGCCCCGAGCUGAAGAAGACCACGCCCUGGACGCCCUGGACACCUGUCAACAUCUCGGACAAUGGUGGUCACUACGAGCAGCGCUUCCGGUACACGUGCAAGGCCCGCCUGCCAGACCCAGGCCUGCUGGAGGUCGGCCGCCAGCGGAUCGAGAUGCGGUACUGCUCCAGCGAUGGUACCAGCAGCUGCUCCACGGACGGCCUGUCCGGGGACUUCCUGCGUGCAGGCAGGUACUCCGCCCACACUGUCAAUGGGGCCUGGUCAGCCUGGACCUCCUGGUCCCAGUGCAGCCGAGACUGCAGCCGCGGCAUCCGGAACCGGAAGCGGGUGUGUAACAAUCCUGAGCCCAAGUACGGGGGGCUGCCUUGCCUGGGCCCCGCCCUGGAGUACCAGGAGUGCAACAUCCUGCCUUGUCCAGUGGAUGGUGUGUGGUCCUGCUGGUCCCCCUGGUCCAAGUGCUCGGCCACCUGUGGUGGUGGACACUACAUGCGGACGCGCUCCUGCUCUAACCCCGCCCCGGCCUACGGAGGAGACAUCUGCCUGGGUCUGCACACGGAGGAGGCGCUCUGCAGCACGCAGCCCUGCCCCGAGAGCUGGUCUGAGUGGUCGGACUGGUUGCCAUGUGAUGCCUCUGGGGUCCAGGUCCGCGUCCGCCAGUGCGUCCUCCUGUUCCCUGUGGGCAGCCAGUGUUCUGGGAACACCACCGAGAGCCGGCCAUGUGCCUUGGAUUCGAACUUCAUCCCCGAAGUGUCGGUGGCCAGGUCCAGCAGUAUGGAAGAGAAGAGGUGUGGGGAGUUCAACAUGUUCCACAUGCUGGCCGUGGGGCUGAGCAGCUCCAUCCUGGGCUGCCUGCUCACCCUGCUGGUCUACACCUACUGCCAGCGGUACCAGCAGCAGUCCCACGAUGCCACUGUCAUCCACCCUGUCUCGCCCGCCCCGCUCAACACCAGCAUCACCAACCACAUCAACAAGCUGGACAAGUAUGACUCCGUGGAGGCCAUCAAGGCAUUUAACAAAAACAACUUGAUCCUUGAGGAAAGAAACAAGUACUUCAACCCGCACCUCACCGGGAAGACCUACUCCAACGCCUACUUCUCGGAUCUCAACAACUACGAUGAGUACUAG